CCGCACACUGUCGCUGGGGUGCUUGCUAAAGUAGCUACCAGGUCGUAGUACAGCACAUUAUUUGGUGGGGUUGUUAAGCUUUGUCACCAACCGCAUCUCAUACACUUCCAUACCAUCUGGAGCUCUCCCUCUUUUCCUACGGCUGUCCGCUGUAGCUUUCACAAUGUCGCCCAAGGAACCAAUAGACGUUCCCUCUUUUGCGGCGACUCAGCUUGCGCUUCUGGAUCAAGAGCUGCAGAGUGAAAUCCAGGAAACGAGCUCUCUCAUCUCCAACCACAGCCCCACGGGUCUACAGCGCGCUGGCCUGGCCAUCACGAAUCUUACCAUCUCUUCUCAGAGAACAGGAUUAGGAGGCAAGACGGUGCUGGAGCUGAGUCCCGAUAGUGCAACCUCAAGCACGGGAGAGCUGCCAGAACAUGGCAUUCGGACGGGGGAUAUUGUCCUGGUUGCAGAACAGCCGGCGGGAAGCGCAAAGAAGAGAGAGGUUAAAGAACUCGAGAGAAAGGGCGCCAGAGGUGUGGUGACGAAGGUGCAGAGGGCAGCUGUGAAUGUUGCACUGGAUGAAGGCAAAGACGAAGUCGUGUUCGCGGGGAGAGUCUGGAUGGUGAAAUUGGCAGAUGAGCAUGAACCAAACAAUGGAGAAGCUACAGAAGAUGGGAGAGGCAGAGUACUCGAGUUUUAUAAGGGUGCUGUUUGGGCUGUCGAGUCCGUCUCCAGUGCCGCAGAACCUGACGACGAGUGACGAGGUUGGAAAUAUUGAGUGGAUAGACCCGACAUUGAAUAAUUCACAAAAGGAUGCCAUUCGGUUUGCUUUGGCAUCUCGAGAGGUGGCUCUCAUUCACGGACCUCCUGGGGUAAAGAAUACUAGUCUGCGGCCCGUCCAACAUUUCUGUUG